AUGACGACCAAUGCGUCUCCAGAGCCUUCCGGUUGGGAGUUCACCAAAGAGACUGUGAUCCGGUUGCAGAACCAGGAUCUCUACAACGACAUGGUGGAGCGGCCCUUGGUGGUCUCUUUGCGGGACGCGGCGGCGGACAAUGCACCCAUCGGCACAGGGGAGAUCAGUUUGGUGCCCCUGCUGCACGACGCCACCGAGGUGUCCUUAGACUUAGAGCUCAAGCUGGCACCCGACUACUACGCCAAGUGGUGGAAAGAUGAUGAAGCGGAUGAUCCCAAGAAGAAGGACAAGAACAAGGCGCCAGCAGAACCUGCCAAGGAGCGCGAGCCCUUGUUUGAAGGGGAUGCGCCACCACCCACGAUCCUGACGGUCUCUGUGAAGGUGGAAGAUUUGGUGGGGCCUAUGGAGGAUCGCGAGUGUUGGACCAUCCUGACCUUGGGAAUGGAAGGUGUUUUCGCCUUGCCCGAAGCACUGACCUCACUGGGUGUGACCAGUCCGGAUGACUUUCAGGCUCACCCCAUCAGCUACAAAGCCAUGCUUCUGGGAGAGCCCUUUGGAGAAGGCUUGCUGACCAAAGCUGCUGAGGGAUCUUGGGGCAACAAUUUGCAGACACGCAUGCUGCUGGCCAUCGCACACUCACCCGCAACCAUUUGGAAACUUUCGCGAGCGGGAUGCCAUAAACUGAGAGUUGGUGUUGGCGACCAGAACAUCAGGAUGGGAUGCGCCGCCAGUCUACCCGCAACGCCGGCUGCUCCGAUGGAUCGGCUGCCUGGAGGGGUAGGUCUGGUGAUGUCCAAGAAGGCCAACCGCGGUGAGACAUCGGACCCCUCCAAUGCCUCCAAAUGGUCGAUGCACGACCCAUCACGACCCCGUUUGAUGGUGGCUUAUGGAGGCGCUCUGAGAUCAAACGGAUCGCAGGCGAGCAACUUCAACCAGGAGACGGGCGCGCCCGACAUGGGCAACGGCCCUUUGCGGAUGAACUUGCGCAAUGAGGAGCAGUGGUUCCAAAACACCUGCGGUGGCAACCCACAAGAUUUCCCGCGACUCGCAAGGCGGGAGUGGUGCUAUGGGAAUAAGGCCUCAAAUGGCUAG